GGGCAGUAACACGUCAAGUUUUCUGUCCCGCCGUGGCCAGUGAGAGAGCGAGUCCAACCUAUUCCUUUCAGUGCGUCAUGUUUAAGGAAAUCUCUCGUAACAAGGCAUUUGGCGGUUACAUCGUCAAGUAUGAACAUGCUUCCGAGCAAUUGAGUUGUACCAUGAAGGUCAAUGUGUUUCUUCCAAAGGAAGCCGACCAAGCCAAAGUGCCCGCCAUUUAUUACCUGUCAGGCUUAUCCUGCAACGAGGAUAACUUUAUUCAGAAAGCAGGUGCACUCGCUGAAGCAGCCAAGCACGGUUUGGCCUUGAUAGCCCCCGAUACUUCUCCUCGUGGAGUCAGUAUCGAGGGUGACAGCGAUCACUGGGAUUUCGGCACUGGUGCCGGCUUCUAUGUGGAUGCUACCGAGGAAAAGUGGGCCAAGCAUUACCGCAUGUACUCUUACAUCGUCAAGGAAUUACCAGGCUUGAUACACGAAGCGUUCCCUAUUGAUCCUUCUCGUAUUUCCGUGAUGGGUCAUUCCAUGGGUGGUCAUGGUGCUUUGCAGAUCUUUAUCAAGAACCCCACCAUGUUCAAGUCUGUUUCUGCCUUCUCGCCAGUGUGUAACCCCAUCCAUUGUCCUUGGGGUGUCAAGGCUUUCUCCAACUAUCUCGGUUCCAAUCAAGAUACCUGGAAGGAAUACGAUACAGUCGAACUGCUGAAACGUCACCCCGAUGUGCAUCUGGAUGUGCUUAUUGAUGUGGGUACCAGCGACCAGUUCUUGGAGCGUGAAUUGAAUAUUGAAAACUUGAAGGACGUGAUCAAGGAAUUGGGUCGCGAAAACGAAUGGAAUAUUCGCUAUCAGGAGGGUUACGAUCACAGCUAUUUCUUCGUUGCCAGCUUCAUUGCCGAUCACAUCGCUCACCAUGCCAAGGCUCUGAAAGCUUAAAAACAAUUUAAAUAAAUUAAGAGAGACUACAUUCCAACACUAAACAUGAAUAGUCGUGCUCAUGUCAAGUCAUUGUAAGAUUGCCUGUUUACUCCGC